AGCUGAACAAACUACAACAAAUGAUGAUAAAUCUUUGAAAAAUGAUGACAAAUCUUUGGAAUAUCAUUCCAAGGAAGAAAAGGAUGACAAAUCAGGUGAUUCGACAGAAGUAAGUAAUGACAAUGAUCCAACAACAACAAUAACAACAAAUGUUGACAAGUUGUCAAAAAAUGAUUCAGAGGACAAUGAAGACACAUCUGAAAAAUAUCAUUCCAAAGAAGAAAAGGAUGACAAAUCAGGUGAUGUGACAGAAGAAAGUAAUGACAAUGAUCCAACAACAAUAAUAACAACAACGACAAAUGAUGAUGAGUUGUUGAAAAAUGAUUCAGAAGAAAAUGAAGACAAAUCUGAAAAAUAUCAUUCAAAGGAAGAAAAUGAUGACAAAUCAGGAGAAGAUGAAUCAGCAAAAGGGCAAUCAAGUGAAGAAAACAUACUGAAUAAUGAUAUUGUUCCCAUCACUAAUAUAACUACUACCAAGGAACCGGAACCAGCUCCAUUAUUUGAAGUAUUUGAACCUGAUGAGAGAAAAUCAGCGAAGAUCAUUGGAUCAGCAGCUACAGUUUGUAUAAUAGCUAUUGGGGCACUUAUUGUUGCUAGUGAUUUAAAACAGAUAUGUCAUCAGCUACGAAAUGGGUUAUGUCAGAAUCUGGGCAAUGUAUUCAAAAGGUUGAGGAAGUGAAAACAACCAGUAUGAUACCUCUAGAAGGUUCUAAAACUACUAAAUACAGCCCAACACAUUAGAACAACAUGUAAACUAAAAGAGCAACUCUAUGGAGUAGCAAAUCCCAAUAAAUUGUUUGCUUAAAUCUUUGGCAAUUUCCUACGUCAUUAUAUGGGUUUCUCCCAAAGUAUAUCUCAUUUUGACUUUGAAAGAAAGGUAUUUGUGAUUAAGCAGAGAUUCAAUAUAUUAAUAACAAACUUCAUUUGUUGGGUAAUGUCCUCUAUCUGUUGGCUUUACUUCCAUCUGAUCAUAACAGAUGAUUUUACAGUUAUGAUGCUAUUAAGAAUUUCGACAAUCUCAUGUUAUUUCAUGGCCUUUUAUUAAACUUUGAGGGUGAGGGUAAAUACUUCUGACAACACAUGAAAAAUCAAAUAUAGCCUAGAUCUAAAAAGAUUUCUAAACAGAGUAGAUAAAGGAGCUCUUACAAUGUACUAGUCAGGUUAAUACAGGACUUGAAACUUGCAUAGCCAAAUAAAAUUAGUUAUUUACUACCAGAUUUUAAAGAAUGUAAUGUCUAUGAGUAGUGAUUUCAUGGAAUGGCC